AUGAAGAGGGUAGUUGGGCAUGUAGCAUCAUUCCAGGACACAGUAACUGGUAGACAGCCAAUGACUGGAAUAGGAGCACGAGAGCCCCGCUUCUCCUCCUCCACCGGCUCUUCACACCGCUCCCCGUCUCCUGCUCUGCGGCGCCUGGCUCUGCCCGCCCCGUGGUCCCUCGCCCCGGGCCUCCCAGCGCUGCCUUCCGACUGGACCGUCGCUGGCCUGCAGCGCCUCCUCCGGGCUCGGGGGAUCCGUUUCAGCCGGUCUGAUCCCACGGCCAGGCUGCUUGCCCUCUGUUUCGGGGAGUCCGGGGGCCGGCGCGCCUCCCCGCACUGCCCCUCUCCGGCUCCCGCCCUCGCCGACCUUCCUGCUCUGUUUGCAGCGUUCCUCACCUCCUUCGCGCCCCCCUGCCCCAUCCCGGCCGCGCCUGCUCCGGGCCCUGCUCCCCUGACCGUGUGUUGUGCUUUUCCCUCUGCAGGUUUCCGCCCCCCGUACCAUCGACGGGGCCGCCGCCACCCCGACCCCGCCCAGCGCCGGGAGCUCACGCCUGCGGAGUUCGCUUACGCCUUCUCCCUGUACCGGGACGUCGUCUGCUCCUCCUUCCCUGGGCGCCGUGCGGAGUUCGAUGACUACCUCGCCCUGGUCCUGCAGCUCGCCCUGCGGUUCGGGGGCUCUGGGUUCUACACCUACCACGUCCGGUUCGACUCCGAGGCCGCGGGGGGGCUGCAGCAGUUCAACGAGUCGACCUACUGGGGCGUGCUGGACAGCGAGGCCUACUGCCGGGUCUUCGCCGUCCGGUCCGCCCUGCCCUGUUCCCUGUGCGGCGCCCCUUUCCCACCCUUCGCUGGCGUGUACGGUCGCGGCCCGCCCAGCCCCUGCGCCCGGCCCCCUGUCCGGCCUGCUUUCUCCUCCUCCUCCUGCUCCUCUGCCCCUCCCCACCCCAUCACCCCACAGCCCCUCAUGUCCGGCCCUGUGGGCACCGACCGCCGGGGCUGCCCCAUCUUGCUGCAGAAGGGGCGCAUGAUUUGUAACAACUUCAAUGCCGGGUCCUGCUCCUUGUCAUCCUGCCGGAGCCUCCACGUGUGCUCCUUCUGUGGCGGGGCCCACUCCCACUCCUCCUGCUCCCAUGACCCCCCGGCCGGCCCCCUGACUGUCUGCCUGCUUGUCCACCCCCAUCAUCGUCCCUGCCCUGGCUGCGGCCCUCCGCCACCACCCCGAUUCCGCCGCCGUGCGGUUCCUCCUGGACGGCUUGGUCCUCGGCUUCUCCCCCGGCCUGGCGUCCUUGUCUACUUGCUCCUUUGCCUGCCCGAACCUCCGCUCCGCGCUCGAGGCCCCCGACCCCUAUCGGUGUCGCCACCCGGAAACUCGGGCAAGCAGAGGCUCGUGAUCGACCUCUCUGCCCCCCGUCGUGGCUCCGUCCCCAGCAUCAACAGCUUGAUCCCCAGCCCGGAAUACUCCCUGGCUUACACCACUAUUGACCACACCAUCUCCCUCAUCCGCCUGGCCGGCCGCGGCGCCUGGCUGGCGAAGGCCGACAUAACGACCGCCUUCAAGGUCCUUCCCAUCCACCCCGACUACUGGGCUUUCUUUGGGGUCUGCUGGGAGGAAUCUUAUUACUUUGCUGUCCGACUGGCAUUCGGCUGCAAAAGCAGCCCGCGCUUGUUUGACUGCCUCUCCGAAGCGCUCUGCUGGAUCCUUCUCAACGAGUUCAAGGUCCCUUUCUUAGUCCAUCUUCUGGAUGACUUCCUCACCAUCAACCCCCCUUCAUCCCCACCGGCGCAAGGCCUCCACGCACUCACCACAGUGUUUGCACAACUGGGUGUCCCCCUCUCCCUGGAAAAGACAGAAGGGCCAGCUACAACACUGGAGUUUCUUGGUAUAACACUGGACUCCGUGUCUUUCCAAGCUUCACUCCCCACCGACAAACUAGACCGCAUCACACUCCUUCUGUCCAACUACCUGCUCACUCCCACCUGCACCAAGCGCCAACUCCUCUCCCUCCUCGGCCACCUGAACUACGCCCUCCGCAUCAUCCCCCAAGGCCGCUCCUUCAUAUCCCACCUCCUUCUCCUGGCUUCAUCCGUACAGUCACUCCACCACACCAUUACACUGGAUGCCGCCUGCCUCAUGGAGUUGGAGCUCUGGCAUCAUCUCCUUUCCCACUGGAACGGCAUAACUUUCUUUUACAACAAGCUCGUAUCCAACCCCCACGACAUGCAACUCUUCACUGACGCCGCCCCCUCCUCAGGGUUCGGCUGUUAUUACAACAGCCGCUGGUUCUCCUCCCCUUGGCCUUCCGAGUUCCCUUCCUGCCCUUCUCCCUCAUUGGCCCCCUCAUCCGCGCUUCACAAGGUCUACCCCAUCAUUAUCGCCGCCCUCCUCUGGGGCCACAAAUGGUCACGCCAAUCCAUCCUCAUUCACUCUGACAACACUGCCGUCGUCUCCUGGAUCAACAAAGGCCGAUCAGAUUCCAUCACUGCCAUGCCCUUCAUCCGCCGCCUCACCUGGCUUUCAGUCACCCAUCAGUUCAUCAUCAGAGUCGCUCACAUCCCCGGUCACCACAACACCAUUGCUGACUCUCUCUCCCUGCAGAAAUUCAGGCGCUUGGUCCCAGAGACUGACCCCCUUCCCACUCCGGUCCCUCCA